CCCGCGCCAACUGCCGCUACGCCCUCCCUGCGCGCGCCGGCGUCCUGGGAGGGUUCGGGGGCGCGCGGGGCCGGCAAUUGGCGGACAUCCGCUCUCUGGGGCCCCGCGAUCUGCUAGCCCGCGAGCGCGCGCACCCCAGGGCUGGGCCCAGCCGAGUGCCUCUCCUGGGCGCGCCGCCCCAACCGGAACCAAAGUGCUCGAGCAGUGGCGCCGGGGGCCGAGUGGGGACGGACGCGCGCCGGAAGUGACGUGUCACCGCCCGCGACAGCUGGCAACGGCAAUGGCGCAUAUCACCAUCAACCAGUAUCUGCAGCAGGUGUAUGAAGCGAUCGACACCAGAGAUGGAGCGUCAUGUGCAGAGCUGGUGUCUUUCAAGCAUCCUCAUGUGGCAAACCCCCGGCUGCAGAUGGCUUCUCCGGAAGAGAAAUGCCAGCAAGUUUUGGAACCUCCUUAUGAUGAAAUGUUUGCAGCUCAUUUAAGGUGCACCUAUGCGGUAGGGAACCACGACUUCAUAGAGGCGUACAAGUGCCAGACGGUGAUAGUCCAAUCGUUCCUGCGGGCGUUCCAGGCUCACAAAGAGGAAAACUGGGCUCUUCCUGUCAUGUAUGCGGUGGCCUUGGACCUGCGAGUGUUUGCCAAUAAUGCUGAUCAGCAGUUGGUAAAGAAGGGAAAAAGCAAAGUCGGGGAUAUGUUGGAGAAAGCCGCUGAGUUGCUAAUGAGCUGCUUCCGAGUCUGUGCCAGUGACACUCGUGCUGGCAUCGAGGACUCAAAGAAAUGGGGCAUGCUGUUUCUUGUGAAUCAGCUGUUUAAGAUCUACUUUAAGAUCAACAAGCUGCACUUGUGUAAGCCCCUCAUCCGUGCUAUCGACAGCUCGAACCUGAAGGACGACUACAGCACUGCGCAGAGGGUCACGUACAAGUACUAUGUGGGGCGCAAGGCCAUGUUUGACAGUGACUUUAAGCAAGCCGAGGAGUACCUAUCCUUCGCCUUCACCCACUGCCACCGCUCCAGCCAGAAGAACAAGAGGAUGAUCCUCAUCUACCUACUGCCUGUGAAGAUGCUGCUGGGCCACAUGCCGACUGUGGAGCUGCUGAGAAAGUACCACCUCAUGCAGUUUGCCGAGGUGACCAAAGCUGUGAGCGAGGGCAACCUGCUGCUGCUGCACGAGGCGCUGGCCAGGCACGAGACCUUCUUCAUCCGCUGUGGCAUCUUCCUCAUCCUGGAGAAGCUCAAGAUCAUCACCUACAGGAACCUCUUCAAGAAAGUGUACUUGCUACUCAGAACCCACCAGCUGUCCCUGGACGCCUUCCUGGUGGCCUUGAAGUUCAUGCAUGUGGAAGACGUGGACCUGGACGAAGUGCAGUGCAUCCUGGCCAACCUGAUCUACAUGGGCCACAUCAAGGGCUACAUAUCCCAUCAGCACCAGAAGCUGGUCGUCAGCAAGCAGAACCCAUUCCCCCCACUGUCCACUGUGUGCUGAGGUGGAGGCUAUGGAGCAACAGCCCCUGACUGCCGGGCCCCUGUCCUGCAGCAGUCUGCCCAGUGCCACCUGAGCCUCACUAUGGCUGGAACCUCCCACUGCUUUCUUGGAGGACCAAGAUGCCAGCACACCCCAAUGUUCUGGACCUUCCUGUGUCACCCAAGAGCACAUCAGCCUCGUGAAGACCUGGGCACCCUUUUCCCAGGAAGUGUGGCAGCUGCUGGCCUGCAGCAGCUGAUCCUAGGGAGGCUGGGGAAGCUUUUUGUACAGGUGAUCUUUGUAAUGUUUGGUAGUUCUUUCUGUAGAGGAAGGUAUUCUGAAUUGAUAUUCAUGGCUUAUUCUUUAUCAUAUCUGCUAGGAUACUUCCAUUUUUAUAUAUUAAACUAAGCUUUUUCAGUUAUUGAAA